CCCUCCCGUUGGCUGCAGCGGGGAGGGACGGCUGAUUGAGCUGCUUUAGAUGGAGGCCCGGGGGAUUGUCAAAGCUUUUCCCAAGAGGAAGAAAGUGAGAGACAAAACAGAUGGGAGGGAGCGUCUGAAGAUUCUCAAGAAGGAGGAGUCCGGGGGAGUUGGAGAGUGGCUGAGGCCGUUGAAGGCCCACAUAGUGCCGGCGGGGAUCGGGAAGGCCCGGGCGGAGAUCUUCGAGGAGCAGAUCGUCCAGCACGGGGGCAGCAUCUGCACCCCGCUGUCUGCUGGCAUCACGCACAUCGUGGUGGACGAGGCCAUGGACUGUGACCGGGCCUUCCGCCUCCUCAAGUUGCCCAAGCUGCCUCCGGGGGCCCAGCUGGUGAAGUCGACGUGGCUGAGCCUGUGCCUGCGUGAGAAGAGGCUGGUGGACACUGCUGGGUUCAGCGUUUUCAUCCCAGACAGGUAUCUAGAUGACACGGAUCAGCUUAGGAGCAAGGUGGGUGGGGAUGUCCAGCCCCCGGCAGAUGUCCAGCCGAUCUCCCCGCCUCUGGAGGUGAAGGAGAAGACUCGGCCACAGCAAAGCUCCGAGGACGAAGGCAGCGACGGUGAGGAACCCAGGGUCAGCCCCACCGACCUGGAAGCCCUGAUCUCGGGUCGGUACCCAAGGCCCCCCGGGGAAGAGGACGAACCCGAUCCCGCCCCCCCGGUCGGGGGAGGCAAGUGGGUGUGCGCCCAGCCUUCCAGCCAGAAGAAGACCAACCACAAUCCGCACAUCACAGAGAAGCUGGAGGUGCUGGCCAAGGCCUACACUGUGCAGGGGGACAAGUGGAGGGCGCUGAGCUAUGCCAAAGCCAUCAAUGCUCUCAAAAGCUUCCACAAGCCCGUCUCCUCCCUCCAGGAAGCCUGUAGGAUCCCAGGAAUCGGGAAGCGGAUGGCGGAGAAGAUCAUGGAGAUCGUGGAGAGCGGCCACUUGCGGAAGCUGGACCACCUGAGUGAGAGCGUGCCCGUGCUGGAGCUCUUCUCCAAUAUCUGGGGAGCCGGCGCCAAGACAGCUCAGAUGUGGUACCAACAGGGCUUCCGAAGCCUGGAGGAUGUCCGCAGCAAGGCCACCCUAACCAGCCAGCAGGUCAUCGGGCUGAAGCACUACGAGGACUUUCUGGAUCGUAUGCCAAGGGAGGAGGCCGCCGAGAUCGAGGAGACGGUCCGAGCGGCGGCUCAGGUUCUCGACCCCGGUCUGCUGGCAGUGUCUUGUGGCUCGUACCGCCGGGGGAAGGCCACAUGCGGGGACGUGGACGUGUUGGUCACCCACCCAGAUGGACGGUCCCAUCAGGGCGUCUUCAGCCGGCUCCUCGACGGGCUGCGUCAGAGCGGGUUUCUGACAGAUGACUUGGUGAGUCAGGAGGACAACGGGCAACAGAAAAAAUACCUGGGCGUGUGCCGGCUGCCCGGCCCGGGCCGGCGUCACCGGAGGCUGGACAUCAUCGUGGUGCCGUACGGCGAGUUCGCCUGUGCUCUGCUCUACUUCACCGGCUCAGCUCACUUCAACCGCUCCAUGCGGGCCCUGGCCAAGACCAAGGGCAUGAGCCUGUCGGAGCACGCGCUCAGCGAAGCUGUGGUGCGUGACAGCCAUGGGAUCAAGGUGGUGCCGGGCCGGGCGCUGCCCACCCUGACCGAGAGGGAUGUCUUCCGGCUCCUGGCCCUGCCUUACCGGGAGCCCUCCGAGCGGGACUGGUGACCUGGGCCUGCUCUCCUCCCUUGUCCACCACCCCUCCUGACCGGCCCCAGAUCCCAGAGUCGCUGCAGCUUGGGCCGGUGGCGGGCGGGACCUCUGACCCAUUAGCACUCAGACCCCAUUGACUCUCAGCCUGGAGCGGCUGCAGCUGCUUCGCCCUGGGAGGUUUUUUUGCACACGUUCUCACCAUCGUCAUCGCCCCCAAAGGUAUUUUUUGAGUUCCUACUCUGUGCAGAGCGUGGUGUCAGGUGCCUGGUAGACAUAGAGAAAAAUACAAGAUGCAAUCCCUACCCUCAAGUUGUUUACGGUCUAAUGGAUAAGACAAGAAAACAUAAAUUGAUGAAAUGCCAUGGUUGAAUGUGAAAGUAAAAUGCAAUAAUAAACACGGAUGUACUGUGUAAUA